AUGGCCGAUUUACCCAGUGAUAAAGUUGAUGAAGCUAAACAAGUCUUUGAAGUAUUUGACAAAAAAUAUGAAGGAAAAGUCGAUGCAUAUUAUAUUGGAGAUAUGCUCCGUUCACUUGGUUUAUAUCCAACACAAGCUGAAUGUGAGAAACGUGGUCAAACGAAAAAAACUGGUGAAAAAACCAUAAAAGUCGAAGAAUUUUUACCAAUUUAUUCAGAAUUUUAUAAAAUGCCAGCUAAAAAUUUUGGUACAUAUGAAGAUUUUAUGGAAGGUUUAAAAUUAUUCGAUAAAGAAAGUAAUGGUUUAAUGUCAUUAGCUGAACUUACACAAGUACUUGUUGCUAUGGCUGAAAAACUUGAUCCGCGAGCUGUUGAAGAAAUUCUUCGUUCAACAAAUACAAAAGAUGAUGCUGAAGGCAUGUUUAAUUAUGAAGUUUUUGUUCGUGCUCUUCUUCAAGGCCCGUUUCCAAAUGAAUCGACAUGA